AUGGCCUCACAAUCGCAAAACCCUGCUGCCUGGGUCGCGGCUAUGAAAGCCCCUCCUCCACCUGGCGCCCCCUAUUCACUUCCUGUUCCUGGCAGCGAGCGCGAGGGACGUACCCCAGCAUAUCGACAUUGGCGGUGGGUUGAUAAGGAGUUGCCCGGUGCAGCUGAUCCAAACGCUCCUACGGCUCAUCAUGCCUUCGAGCAGAGUGUAAAGAGGCAACCGCAUGCAAAGUGUUUGGGACUUCGCCCAUACGACCCUGCGACGAAGACCUUUGGAAAUUACGAGUGGAUGACAUAUGGGGAGGUGGCCGUGCGAAGGAAGAACUUUGGAGCUGGACUCGUAGAACUGCACAAGAAAGCUGGGGUUACAGAAGAAAAGUACGGUGUUGGUUUGUGGUGCCAAAAUAGGCCGGAAUGGCAGAUCGUUGAUCUGGGAUGCAUGUCCCAGUCUCUUUAUACGGUUUCCAUCUAUGACACUCUGGGUCCAGACACCACCGAAUAUAUAAUCAACCAUGCCGCACUUACAUGUGUAGCUACAUCAUUACAACAUAUCCCGACCCUGCUUAAGGUCGCUAAGUUGAUACCUACACUAAAGCUUAUCAUCUGUCUCGAUCCUAUAGAUGCUGGAGAACGGCCUGGACUUUCAAAAUCAGACAUCCUGAAUUCCCUGGCAUCCGAGUCAGGCAUCUCAAUCCACUAUAUCAAGGAUGUUGAAGCUCUCGGAGCUGCAUCUGGCCUUCCUAUGAAGCCGCCUGGGCCAGAUGAUAUCACUACAAUCAACUAUACUUCUGGGACGACUGGCAACCCCAAGGGUGUUGUGUUGUUGCAAAAGGCUACUGCAGCUGCAGACCUGACAGCUCGAAUUACCACAGAUACGAUUGCAAGCGAUACUCUGAUAUCCUAUCUUCCCCUGGCACAUAUUUAUCAAAGAGUCGCAGAGCAUGGCGCUCUAUCAUCUGGGGCCGCCGUCGGAUAUUUCCGUGGUGAUAUCCUGGGUCUUGUAGACGACAUGAAGCUUCUUCGCCCUUCAGGAUUCAACUCUGUGCCCAGGUUGUACAACCGUUUUGGUUCUGCGAUCCGUACUGCAACCAUUGAUGCGCCAGGCUUGAAAGGCGCUAUUGGCAGGCAUGUCAUCAACGCGAAAUUAGCUUCCAUGAAACUACCGCCGGGACAAGCAACAAACAAGCACUUUUUCUAUGAUCGAUUCUUCACUCCCAAAGUAAGAGCUGCGAUUGGAUUGGAUCGAGCUCGCGGUAUGGUCACUGGAAGUGCACCUAUCGACCCCUCGCUCCUCCAGCUCCUCCGCGCCGCUCUGGGCGCUGACUUCAUCCAAGGCUACGGCUUGACAGAAUCCUACGCCACUGGCCUUGGACAGAACAUGAACGAUUACUCUGCCGGAAACUGUGGCGGCAUAGGUGCUGCUUUUGAAGGCUGCUUGCAAUCGGUACCAGACAUGGACUAUCUUGUUACCGAUUCCCCUAAUCCCCGCGGCGAGCUCUUGUUGCGAGGGAAAGCCAUGUUCAAAGAAUAUUAUAAAAAUGAAGCGGAGACUAAGAAGGCUUGGACUGAAGAUGGCUGGUUCAAAACUGGUGAUAUUGCAGAGGUAGAUAGCAUGGGCCGCUUCAAGAUCGUUGAUCGUGUUAAGAACGUCCUCAAGCUUGCGCAAGGAGAGUACAUCUCGCCCGAGCGAAUCGAGAACGUCUAUCUCGCCAACUACAGUAUGCUUACUCAAGGCUUCGUACACGGAGAUUCCCACCAAGCAUACCCGGUGUCGAUAUGGGGUGUGGAUCCCGUCAUGUUCGCACCCUUCGCCAGCCAAAUUCUGAACAAGACCAUCAGCCCCACAGACCCCGAUGCCAUCAAAGCAGCUACCCAAGAUGUCCGUGUGCGGAAAGCAGUGCAGAAGGAGCUGGACAAGAUCGGCAAGCAAAAUAAGUUCAACAACUGGGAGCGCGUGCGGGGUGUGCAUUUGGAAAUCGAGCCGUUUACGAUUGAGAAUGAGCUUUUGACACCUACAUUGAAACUCAAACGCCCGCAAACAGCCAAGAAAUACCGAGAAGUACUAGACAGGCUAUACGAAGAAGCCCUGGCGGAAGAGAAGAAACCUAGAGCUAAGUUGUAA